AUGCCAAUAAAUAAGAGUUUACUUGCACAACUUUUCUUUCCAGUGCUAGAAGCAGAGGCUGUCCAAGAUCAGUUGAAAACCUGGAACUAUAAGAAAAAUGUGGAUGUUACUGAAUUAUAUCUUGCACGAAAAGGACUGACAGAAGUUGGUGACCUGCAGAAAUUUCGCAUGCUAAAAUAUUUGUGGUUAAAUCACAAUAAGAUGCGAAGAUUGCCAUGUCUAACCAAUAACUAUCACUUGACUGAACUCUACCUGAAUGAUAAUGAACUAGUUGACAUAACAGGUGGUCUAAGUCAUCUAACUUCUCUGCAGAUCCUGUUGCUUCACAACAAUCAGCUAACCAAACUAGAAGCUACUGUAGCAGAGUUCAAGAAGAUGCAGUUUCUACAUACUUUAAAUUUAUUUCACAAUCCUUUAGCACAAGAUUUUGGCUACCGUUUGUAUAUAAUCCACCAUGUUCCAUCACUGGAGCUGCUUGAUAGGCAAAGAGUUAACCUGGAAGAAAGAAGAGCUGCCUUUAAUGUUUAUAAUCCUGAACGCUCCCAUGUACUUCAGUCAGUAGCUUUUGGAAGGAGGACACAUACAUCACCAGUACCAUCACAUUUAACUACUAGAAGGUCUCUAUCAGUGGGAAGGUCAAAGUUCCCCCAAGGUAAUGAUCUUACAUAUAGUAGCCAUGGACAAAUUCCAUUUGAUGAUAUUAACGAUGCAGUGUUUAUGAGAUCGGUGCAGAGGUCUGUCAUGCAGUUUUCAUCUGUUGACUGGAGCAAAGUGCCUUCAUCACAGCAAAGAAAUGCCAAGAAAACACCAGUUGAUGAACCUUCAUUACUAACAGUACAGUUUAGAUAGGGUUUGAUUUAUUCACCAUAGGAAGCAGGCCAGCAUCAUGCCUUUCCUGAAACAUGUUGAAAUGUGUGUUCUUUAUUUAAAAUGGAUAUCACAGGAAGCUGCCUGCUUCAUUGAACAAGAAGAAAUAAACUUAAGAACUUCUUUGAA